CGUGUGAAAAUGUUUGCCGUUAAACCACCACUUAAGGCGUAUUUGGAUGAACUCGGGUGAGGAUCGCUGGUCAAGGGUCAUUACACACUGCUGGGUAAGCCUAAUGCUCGAUUGUGGCUCAGCUUCAGUGUAUGAUAGCAGCUAACUACACCGCCGUAGCUGGUGAUCAAGGAUAGCGUGUGACCUUCAUUGGAUUAACUUCAAAUAGUUAUGCUACAGUUGAGCGUGGACAAAAAGUGCUCCAAAGAUCGUGGCCAGCAUGCGGCACAACCGAAUUAGUCAACUGACGAUUUUAUUGCUAUAGUAGUCGCGGUAAUGUAGCAGAAACAACAGCAAGAACGGCCUAAGUCGAAGGACUCUGUCUCGCAGCGGCCAAAGCUAUGGGGACUGAUUCGCCCUGCGUCCGAACUUACCUACAGAAUUUAUCUUCGUGUGCUAAUUGAAAACCCUUCAAUCCCCUGGUCUUCACUUCGGUAUCGUUUUGGUGCCGCUGUUGCUGCUGCCCCGUAAUGAUCAGUUCUCGCCACUAUUCGCUGAUUUUAGGUGAAGAGGUUGGGUAAUUUGCGUUUGUUUAUAUGUGUGUAUCUCUGUAUGUUUGUGUGAACGUCCCCGCCUUCCCCCCACUUAUAGCUAUUCGAAAGGCUUAAAAAGUUGGUUGGCGCCCUUGUUGUCCCUAUGCGACGGCUGUCGAACGGGCUGAUAAUGAAGGAAGCCGACCUUUACAAUCGUAUCGUUCAUCCGCCGUUGAAUUUUAUUUAUUCUACAUUAAUCGCUAGAGGACGACCAUUGACUACCCGUAGCAUACCGUUAUACUAAACAAUGAAGUAGCCUGUUUGCCUGGAUCUUUUGCAUAUCAGAUGUUUAGUGUGCAUAUCCUCCUUUCUUGCAUUUUGCUACUGUUGCUGCCACUACUUUGCCAUCAGUAAGUGGUAAUACGAGCAGAAGCGGAAAGUGUGCAGUUGGAUGGUCCAUAUAAUACUGUAGUUCUCCUUCGUUUUUACGGACACAACAGCACUGGCAGCAACGAUAGUGUGGGAUUACGAAGCGGACCGCCGUUACUCCUUUCCCACAUGUGCGCGAAGCGUGUGCGUUUAUUGGACCUUGGUUAUGUGCGAUCUCUCCCGGUUAACGCCGCCAGAAUUCGGGACUAGUGUUUCAGUGGAUCGGCGAACCCGAAGCUAUUCGGUUGAUGCAUCGAGACGUUACGGAAGCAUCGGAGCUUGUCCCCCCAUGGUGGCUCUUAUCGAGCUAGGCUUAGUCAAUUAGUAAUUUGCGAUUCGAUAUCUAGGACACUAUAUCAACAACGUGAUACCAAAUUCUAUAUGGACGUUUGAAAAACAUUAGAAAGUUCUUUGAAGAAAGUUUUGUGAUUGUCAAAAAUUGACGACUUUUUGAGUCGACAGUGCACCAGUGAUACAACAAAUUGCCAUGGCUCCUCAUGUUGAGACCGAAACCUCGAUGCACGAGAUUAAAACGACCACAAUCCAUGAAAUUCCCGAGCGUCCCGCUACCCCGCCGCCACGCGAACGAGCACUAGAAAUUCUUAAACUAUGCACUGUGUCCGACAUCUUUCGAACCGUUGGAUAUUAUAUUAAUCCCGAAAUGGUCGCCAAAGUCAACGGAGUCGUCACGUUCAACAUUGAAGGCGAACCUGCACCAUGGUUUGUUGAUUUGAAGAAUGGAACUGGUUGCUUCGGGCAAGGCGUCUGCCCUUAUCCUGUUGACUUGCAGCUCUUCAUGACCUCCGAAGUGUUUUUACAGCUUUUCAAGGGGGAAAUCAACCCCAAACUUGCUUACAUUUUUGGCUAUUUUAGCCUCUCCGGGAGCAUUUUCUGUGCUAUCCGACUCGAAAGUCUUAUGUGGGCUGUGCGGGAGUAUUAUGGCUUGGUCUAGCCAACUUCUUCGAAAGCGACUAGUCGAGCCACAGCGGUACGACUAUGAAAAGUGGAUACGCCAUAUGAGUUGAACGUGACCACCAACUCAGAGGGGUGUGAUUUCACCUGGAACCCCAAUACCGGAACACGUAAGCACCUAUAAACUGUACAGAAACAGCUACAUUAGGAUGUGUUUGUAGAUCCGUAUUAGAUCACAAACUAGAGCACUUUUUGGAGUGAUCGCUACUCCUUACAGGCACGACGAAUAGUAAACCAAUAUAGCACGAAACUACUAGCUUUAACUCCCGCAGAAGCUGCCUGUUCAAAUGCAGGAGAAACUGACGGCAGACUAGAACGAGAAGUCAAGAUUCCCAUGCUUUACGAGUAAACUUUGAUUAAUAUUGUGAUAUAAUCAAUCAUUUCAACGAACGAGCCGGUUGGCAUUUUGUUAACUGAUUGAUGUUAUGUGUGAAAAAUUGGCCAACAUUUCGAAAAUACACACGGUUACCACCACUAGUAGGAAAGCAGCAUCAGUGACUGACGAGGUGAUGAACUAAUAUUGCUCAACUGAUAUCAACUAUUUGAUGGUGCGUUUAAUACGGAAUAGACUCGAAGCUGGACUACGUUAGUAUAAAUUGUUAAAUCGCUUAUUCGGUGAAAACGAGCACUAAAUCUUCGAAAAUGGCGCGUUGAUCUAAACAGGACAUCAAUGAAAUUCAUUGAAACUGUUGAGUUAUCAGUAAUACAUUAUCAAUAAACGUACUCAGCUUCAUCUAUAGCUCAUCGUACAGGUUAACUUCUUCCUUACUAUAUUUGGUUCUUCACACUAGAAGAAGGUACAUGGUUUAACUAGCAGGUAUAUCCUAUAGUUUCGCUGUGCGAAUGAUUAGUAGCAUUCAAUAUAAGUUUAAUUAUUAUGGCAAUUUUACUAAACCACAGGUCUUCGCACGGUAGGAUAUCAUCGGUACCAGUGUUGAGCAUAAAACGUGCUUCUCAAAAUAUUCUCAAUCCUUUUGAUGCGUAAUUCAUUUUGAUUACAUGAAUAGAGUUUUUACGGACGGUUCUUUUUUAAUACUCGUACAUACAAAUACGUUUGCCAAAAAUCUACCGCUGUUGUUCGAUCGAGUGCAGACCCUGAUCUUUGACGAAUUCUCAGAUUUAGGCUGAAGGGGAUAAUUAAGUUGUUGUAUUAAAUUAAAUGUUGAAACGUCCAAUAUCUCGUUGUUGAAAGUAUGGAUUUGGUGUUCCACUUGGAACCGCACAUUUGUAAAUGACUUAAUGAACUCCCUGUAAAUAAAUGCUCCAAUCCUGA